UCUUAGAUAAAAUGGCAGCCUACAUGAUCAAGUACAGAAGUAAUUGAAGCCGUGUUUCCUAAGAAAAAGAAGGGAAGAAAAGCUGCCAAAGUUGGCCUAUUUUGAACAAACAAUUACGUCUGAAUUCGUUUGAAGAGUAGGCACUCCACUUCUAAAUCAUGUCACCUUGGUUGAAAUCAAAUUUGCAACAUUUAUUUCAAUCAACCCAGAGGUCACUGUGGCACAAGAAAGUGCUCAGGUGCAUCUAUUCCAAGACAGGGAUAUGGGAAUCUGAUUUAACAGUUGAAACAAGGAAAGAACUGGAGAGCUAUUGGAGAGAUCAUCUUGCUCAAGAAAACCAAAAAUCUGUAUUGAGUAAUCAGGAUGAGAAGGACAAGUUCUAUGCCCUGUCUAUGUUCCCGUACCCAUCAGGAAAGCUUCAUAUGGGACAUGUUAGGGUAUACACUAUCAGUGAUACCAUAGCCCACUUCCAGAGACUCAAUGGAAAGCAGGUCUUACAUCCAAUGGGUUGGGAUGCAUUUGGUCUUCCUGCUGAGAAUGCGGCUAUAGACAGAGGCCUCCAGCCUGACGACUGGACUUACAGUAACAUUGACUACAUGCGGAGGCAACUUAAACAGCUGAGCUUUUGUUUCAACUGGGAACGAGAAGUGACAACAUGUUUACCAGACUACUAUCGCUGGACUCAAUCCAUCUUUGUAAGAUUACUGGAAGCUGGUCUUGCCUAUCAGAAAGAAGCCAUCGUUAACUGGGAUCCCGUUGACCAGACAGUCCUAGCGAAAGAACAGGUUGAUGAGAAUGGUUGCUCAUGGCGGUCUGGAGCCAAGGUUGAACAACGGCUACUCAAACAGUGGUUCCUGAAAAUGACUCAUUAUUCAAAGUCUCUACUGGAAGGGCUAGAUGAUCUGCCAGAAUGGCCUUCAGGAAUCAAGAGCAUGCAAGCUAACUGGAUAGGAGAUUGCUCUGGAUGUGCUUUCAGCUUCAGACUUCAGUUACCUAGUACAUCAGAAGAGUCAAUAUCAGUGCACACCCGGUAUCCUGAGUUGAUCUAUGGAGCAUCUCAUAUCAUCCUUGCUCCAACUCACACACUCCUCAAGAAACCUGAAUUCAUCCAGAAUCUUUCACAAGAUGUCAAGAUCAAGUUAGGGAGGCUGGAAUCCGAGAGAACAGAUGUAGAUCUUGGUGUCCAAGUUCUUCACCCCUUAACACAGCAACCACUACCAAUGUUUGCAUCAAGUCAUAAGAGCUUUGAGGAGAAUGUUGAGUCGCAUCUAGGAAUUCCUUGCAGCGGGGCGGAAGAGGAUGCAGAGUUUGUUCUUCAGCAUGGCAUCAGAUAUGAGAAGGUCCUAGAGGAUGAGAAGAUUAUCAAUUCAGAUCAGCUCACCGGCAAGUCUAGGAAUGAAGCAAGGCCAGUCAUCAUGGAACGUGCCAGAGAGAUGGGAAUUGGUGGUCACAUGACAAGUCCCAGGCAAUUUGAUUGGUUGAUAUCAAGGCAACGCUACUGGGGUACUCCCAUUCCUGUUAUACACUGUCCAAUUUGCCAGGCUGUUCCAGUUCCUCACGCUGACCUUCCAGUCACCCUUCCCAAGCUGGACUCCCUUUCAGGAAAGGGCUUGUCCCCUCUUGCUGACCAGGUAGACUGGAUCAAUACGCAGUGUCCCAAGUGUGGGGGAGCAGCGAAAAGAGAAACAGACACCAUGGACACCUUUGUAGAUUCUUCCUGGUACUUCCUGAGGUAUACUGAUUCAACUAAUCAGGAGGAAGCAUUCAGAAAGGAGAAUGCUGAUCGGCUGCUGCCUGUGGAUGUCUAUGUUGGAGGGAAAGAACAUGCUAUCAUGCACCUCCUGUAUGCUCGAUUCAUCAACCAUUUCUUACAUGACCAAGGGCUAGUAGCCCACAAAGAACCCUUCAAGAGGUUGCUUGUCCAAGGUCUUGUGAUGGGGCAGAGUUACAAGGUGGCAUCCAGUGGUCAAUAUAUCACGCCUGAUCAAGUAGAUCACUCAGGUUCUGCACCGGUCCAGAAGGACACAGGAGAGGAGCUGGUAGUCAAAUGGGAGAAGAUGAGUAAAUCCAAGUACAAUGGUGUCGACCCGGAGGGAGCGAUAGAAGAGUAUGGUGUAGAUACCGUCAGGCUCUUCAUCUUGAGUGGUAUACCACCAGACCUUGAUAUGAUGUGGAAUGUUGAAGCAAUAACUGGAGUAGUCAGAUGGAAGAACAGGUUGUGGGGACUGGUGACCAGAUUUCAUGAUUUAAGAACUGAUAGUGAGAGAAAUGAUACUAGUCUACACAAAGAUCAUCAUGCUGAGUUCGAGAGAGAACUUGAAAUUCAACUCAACAAGGCUAUCAGUGAUGUGACCACUCACUUCGGCUCAGACUACAUGUUGAGCGUAGCAAUCAGUCGACUGAUGACCCUGACCAAUCAGCUGAGAGCAUACCCUGAUGACUUCAUCAAGAACUCUGUAGCCUUCCAGGAUGCUCUGGGGUCACUCUGCAUCAUGGUGGCUCCGAUGGCUCCACUCAUAGCCAGUGAGAUGUGGCAAGGGAUCUCAGGCUUUGCCAACACCAAAGAGAGUAGAUGGGACUGGACCAAGGCGGUGUUAGAGCAAAGGUGGCCGUCAGUGACCGAAUGUCAUCAGGUCAGCUUGGAUACCAUUGAUCUAGUUGUUAAGGUCAAUAAUAAGACAAGCGGGAAAAUUAAAGUUCCACCAUCUUUACUGGAAAACAAGGAAGAGCUGGAGCAAUACUUACUAGGCAGCGAGUUGGUCAGAGAACAACUUGCGACAAAGACUAUUAAGAAGAUGAUCGUUGCAGCUAAAGUGCCCCUUGUCAAUUUCUUGACAAGGUGAUAUUUGCACCAAGAACUUCUUUGAUGAAUCCAGAAAAAGAGCUCAGUUCCAAAAGGAACUGCACCUGGAAGCUUAUGGUACUUUUGAACAACUGGAAUAUGCUGGAGGGAACUAGUGGAGAUGUUGUGCCUGAGUUGUCUAAGACACCUGACUCCACACAUGAAGGUCUGAGUUCCAAACCCAGCUUCAGUUCUUAUGCCCCUGUUCAAGUUAUUUAAUUGACAUUGCCCUUCGCUGUCUUUCAUAUUAGAUGGUACUGUUAAAGGUCAGUCCCAGACUUACAUUAUCAUAUGUAAUUCAUACACGUCGGUUAAAAACCAAACACAAUAUACACUUGUGAUUCUUGCAUUUCAGAGAGUUCGGCAGGCAUCAAUUUGCAUUACGAACUUUUUAUAAAGGGACUGUUUGAACUUUAGUGUUAAUAUUUCCUUAGGUGAUGUCCA